UAUUGCAUUGACUGAUUCAUCUUCGUAAAAAAACAACAACUUUUUUCUUCUUGUCUUGUUCUCAUUCUCGCUCCGGGACUGUUAACUGGCGUUAAUAGCUCAUCGGUAGUAAAACCGGAAUUUGCGUCACGGUGGACCGGAAUAAUGUUAAAAUCCAGGGUCUUCUCCCAGCCCAGGCGCAAGUCAAGCCCUCCCCUCCUGCAUCCACCGCCACAACGCGUGUCUCUACUGUGAUCUCUCCGACGAUGGUUGCCGCGCACACUUCUUCCCAUCCGUCUGCGUCCGCCGGGUGGAUCAUAUGUCUAGAUAAGAGGCCCACAGAGCGAUCUAGAGAAGAUGUGGACGUCAUCCUGGCUCGGCUGCAGAACCUCAAGGCCUUUGAGAGGUUCCACCCAAGUGUGCUGCAGCAGAUAUGUAUGCGGGGCUUCUACGAAUACCUGGAGAGAGGCAUCACGUUGUAUCGCCAGGGAGACAUCGGUACCAGUUGGUACGCUGUGCUGUCAGGCUCGCUGGAUGUUAAGGUGUCCGAAACAGCGAAUCACCAGGAUGCGGUCACCAUCUGUACGCUGGGGGCUGGGACAGCGUUCGGGGAGUCGGUCCUGGACGACCGGCCGCGCCACGCAACCAUCGUCACCCGGGAGACCAGCGAGCUGCUGCGCCUCGGACAGACGGACUUCAGGUGUCUGUGGGGGAAUUAUCACCAGUACAUGGCCGGCCUGCUGCCCCCGCCUUACGGUGUCAUGGAAAACAGCCGCAGUAACGACCAAACGCCGGACAAAGAGAACAUCAGCAACAACACCGCAGGGCCACUCCCCAAACAUCUGAAUAAGGUAAUCCCUCACGAGUCACCACGGCUUGCUCUCACACCACUUUAUUCACCACUUAUUCACGAUCCAUUCAUCGGCCUUCGUGGGCGGCAUUUGGCUCAGGAGGCAGAGCGGGUCGGCUGGUAACCGGAAGGUUGCUAGUUCGAUCCCCCGGCUCCUCCUAGCUGGUAACCGGAAGGUUGCUAGUUCGAUCCCCCGGCUCCUCCUAGCUGAGUGCCGAGGUGUCCCUGAGCAAGACCUCAUGCCCUAACUGCUCCCGACGAGCUGGCUGUCGCCCUGCGUGGUUGACACCGCCGUGUGUGUGUGUGUGUGUGUGUGUGUGUGUGUGUGUGUGUGUGUGUGUGUGUGUGUGUGUGUGUGUGUGUGUGUGUGUGUGUGUGUGUGUGUGUGUGUGUGUGUGUGUGUGU